UAAAUCCCUAAUUUCCACUUCCUUCUCUCUGGUCACUGCAUCGAGCACGCACGGGUGUUCUCUGUCUCUAUUAACGCUGAAACCUUGCGGCGGCGACGGUGCCGGCUAAUACCUAACGACGGCAGCGAAGGGCUGAUACUUUCCUUCAAGCACGGAAGCUUCUGUGUUAAAAUUAUUCUUUUUGCCCUAAUUCUAGCAACUCCCUGUUCCCAAGUACCCGCCAUCGCUUAUCGCUUGCUCUACUUCUUCUCCAGCCGUUAUCUUCUCUUCUAUUACCAUCUUAAAGUUGACGCGAAAUUGGUGUGAAAAUCACUCCGAGCUCGCAGGAACUAUGAGGGAACUCGUGACUGUUCAAGUUGGAGAAUUUGCGAACUUCGUUGGUUCUCAUUUCUGGAACUUUCAGGAUGAGUUGAUUGGCUUGGCUGCGGACCCUCUUGGAGAUGCUGUGUUUAAGAAUCAACAUCUUAAUAUGGACGUACUCUACCGUUCUGGUGAGACUCAACAGGGUGUACUUACAUAUACUCCACGCCUAGUUUCAGUUGGCUUUAAAGGAGGCUUAGGAUCUGUAAGUGCACGUGGCACUCUAUAUAAUGAUGACGUGGAUACACCAUCUGAUAUUGUCACAUGGCGUGGUAGUGUUGCCACUCAUCAUACUGAACCACGUAAGAAAAACUUAUUCUUGCAAAGUUUAUCUGAAGAAGAGCAAGAGAACUUGGUGGAUGGUGAAAAUAGUAGUCGAGGAGAAAUUGAGGAUAAAGAUAUUGUUAAAUGUCUAGAAAAUGAUGUCACCUUUUGGACGGACUUCUCUAAGGUUCACUAUCACCCUCAAAGUUUAUAUCAAUUAGCUGGAUCGUGGGUGGAUGCUCAGGAGUUCGACAAUUAUGGAAUUGGAAAAGAGUCUUUCUCUUGGAGUUUGCAAGGUGAAGAUAUUGAUGAAAGGCUUCGUUUUUUUGUGGAGGAAUGUGACCAUAUCCAAGGCUUUCAGUUCAUAGUUGAAGACUCGGGAGGAUUUUCAGCAGUAGCUGGGGAUUUUCUUGAGAGCGUUGCAGAUGAAUAUUCAAACACCCCAGUUUUACUUUAUAGUGUUCGAAGUCCUAGUUCUAACGUGCUUCGUGAAAAUAAGAGGCAGAUAGUUUCUAGAGAUCUCCACGAUGCAAUUUCAUUUGCGAGAUUAUCAUCUUUCUGUCAGCUCUAUGUGCCAGUUGGUUUGCCAAGUUUGAGCAGAAGCAAAGCUGCCACCCAUCUCUGCAUUGAUGACCAGAAACCUUAUCACUGUAGUGCUGUAUAUGCUGCUGCUUUACACUCCAUUGGUCUUCCUUUUCGAAUGGAAGCCCAGGGGCCAACCACAGAUUCAUGUUAUGUUUCUGGUGCACUUCAUGUCAAUGACAUGGUACGUAUGUUAGCUGGGCAAGGUAGGCAAAACAUGGUGGCCAUUUUGGAUGUUGCAAUGCCAGCGCCCACUCUCUUGGAGAAACAUUUGGGUCAAUCUUUGUUGGGAAGUUUGCAACCGUUGACACCAGAGGUAAAAGAAGAUGCAGAAGAUUUGUUGGCAUUGGAGUCCAUGACUGUGCAUGGAGUGUUUGAAUCAGGAGGGGACCGGGCUUCAGUCUCCGAAUUAAAGGAUCAAAUUAGCGCUGCUUACGAAGGUGAAACAGUAAGACCAAUGCUCUGCCAUCUAUCAGCAGCUCAAUGUCCUCUGCCUGUACCAUUGUCUUUUCCUUCAAUCUUUGGAAACCUAGUUGGCCAACAUGGUCAAUUGUUGGCUACUCCAAUCUCAGGUGUUUCAUCAAGGGGAUCCCUUGACGUGUAUUCCAUCCCCAUGGCAGCUCGGCUACGUUCUAGCAAUGCUGUACUACCAUUUAUAGAGAGAAGACUAACAAAUCUUCUUAGACAUGGAACGGUACAAGGAUCAUCUGCAACCCCAUUACUUAGGAGUUGGGGGUUUGGAAGAGAGGAACUAGAAGACAUGGGAGAAUCACUUUCAAAAAUGGUUUUGGCGCUAAAUCCACAUUCGCUAACUUCAUCAGAUUCUGAUUGAAGUAUAACUUAUAAAAUUGAAAAUGUAGAAACUUAUGAGAAUCACUUUAAAAAGUCGUGUGUUUGAUUAACUCAGAAUGAUGAAAUGAACAUGAGAAUAUGGGUUUUUAAUGUGAUUGUUCUCAUUCUUGUGGCUAGGGAUUUGGAUGAGGGCAUCAAGAAAAGUCAAGUCAACUGUCAAGCUGCCUGCAGUUUUGUUGGAAUACGAAUAAUAGUAUAGUUGCGUCUUCCUUUGA